AUGUUAGAAGAGCGGCUGUCAUUGCAUUGGAUUUGUUUUGUCUCGUCGUCCAAAGGAAGUUCCCUCAAUGAUCAACUCUCUUGGCGAGAGCUACCACGCACACACGUGAGGGCAGGAGCGGCACUUGCAAUCGGAAUUUCAUGCGCUGGAACAGGAAAUUCAGAGGCAAUUGAAGUGUUGAAACCGCUUUUGAACGAUAACGAAGAUGCUGUUACACAGAAUGCUAUGAUAGCCAUGGCAUGGUCUUGA